CUUUUGUUCCACUAAAAGAUGGAGCGAACGAAGGAUUUGCAGCGCGAGAAUAGAAAGGAAAAUAAACAGAAAAAGAGGAAACAAGAAGAAAUAGACUCCAAACGGGACGAGGAAGACUUUCUCGGUGAUUCUUAUAAACAUGUUCCACUGGACGUUUUAUCGGCCAUUCAAAGCAUUUGCACUUGCUUCGGAAUCGGCGGUCUCUAUAACGCAAAGAAAAGAAAAAUUGAAUCAAAAGGUGGUGUAUUGGAGACACUAAAAGAAGAGUGGAACCCCUUAGAUGAAAUCAAGGCACUGCCUUUUGAAAUGCAACAGAGCAGAUACGCAAAAAAAAUAUCAGAGGAAUCCUUUAAACUCUCAGGAUUGAUCAAAAAAAUUUCAUUUUUAUUCAAAAAGCUUCAUGAAGGGAGAAGUUUCAUGAAGGAUAUUACUAUGGAUGUCUUCCUCAAGGAUGUGAAAAUAAAACCAUCCCUAGCCCCACCAGAUGAGUAUGUUAAAUUGGGCCUCUGGAGACAGGUUAUGCAGGUUAACCAACAGAUUUGCCAAGAAAUGGAACAACUAGACAAGAAAUUAGAAGAAAAUGAUUGUCAAGACAACUCUGAGGAGGACACUCCAAGCAAAUAUGCUGAAAAAAGUGAAGAAAAGGAACCUUCUAUGAAUGAGAGCAAAGACAAAACAAAAUCUUUCCAUGACUACUACAUGGAGAUGGCAACCUCUAGUUUUGGUGAUGACUUGGAUCGGCUUCGACAGGAGGGAAGCUUGGAUUCACGAAAAGUUGAAAUGCUAAUAAACUGUUUGGAAACUGGUAAGGACAUUUGGUCUGACUUAGAGAAAAAACUGCUCCAGUCUACAUGAACAUGAACAUUUAAUGUUAGGAUUGAAGCAAAUUUUCUGUGAUUUGGUGGCCAAUAUACCAACAAGAGUGGUAAAGGCAAAACUAUCCUUCAGUGGAGAUGUUUGUUUGUUCAGUGGUUGAUUGGUUGGUUAGUUCGUUUAUUUGUUUGUUUGUUUGGUAUCACAGUGGUUGUCUUAUUGAUAGCCCAGAUUUUUAACAGCCGGUAGCUCAAACUGAGCAUCAAACAGAGCGACAACAAACACAAACCCAAGGGAGUGGUUGAAAAAAACACUUCUCAAGACAUAGAUUGCUACUCGACUUGCAAUUUAAAACAAACAUUAGGGUUAGGGUAGUAUUGUGAGAUCAUCAUAGCCUUGUUUGUGAGUUACAUUUGCUGUGAAUGUUUCAAGGUUUCGUAACUGCUUUCGCACUAUUCUCUCAUUUGACCACAAUUACCAGAAUCCCUAUAAGUCGUUGCCUCCUCGUGUCACGUAAGGAUUAUUGAAUUUAAUAAAUUU